AUGGAUCCUGGAACUGCCCAAAUGACUAUAUUUUACGGUGGAAAAGUGACUGUGUUCAAUGGCUUCCCGGCUGAUAAGGCCGGGGAGAUUUUGGCUUUGGCUACCAAGGGAAGCUGUAUCAGCACGAAUGGGUUUCCCUCUGCUCCUGCAACGAAAAAACUUGACUCAACCAAUUCUGUUGCUGCUCUUGAUUCCAAUAAUGCCCAAGCAAGUCUGCAAUUACAAUCUCAAGCCAAUGGUUCUGACGUGCCACAUGCUAGAAGAGCAUCACUCCAUCGGUUCUUUUCCAAGAGGAAAGACAGGGUUGCAGCAAGAGCACCUUAUCAAAUAAACAACCCAAUUCAGGAUCAUCCUAGGCCUCCCAGACCUGAAGAAGGCAGCAACCAGUUGCUUGCCCUAGACGAAAGCCAAUCAUCAAAACAGCUAGAGCUUAAAUUGUAG